UCCGGCGCUCCGUUGAAUUACUUAGUCGCUCUCUCUCAUACCGUCUGCUUCGCAGCACAGCCGAAGCUGCAUCUCUGUCGUCCUUUCCCUUGCUUGUUUAAGGAGCGGAUCCGUGGGAAAUAAACCGACACGCGGGAGAGAGCGACUGACUGACGCUGGACACAAACGGCGUUUCGCUCGGAUGCUGUGAGGAGCAAAGUGCGUCCGCAACGUCGUCCAAGAACCCGAAAAGCCGCCAGACUGGAUACAUGACAGAAGAUACGCUUUUUGCACACGCCGAAGCUUCAGUUCGUUUCAUAACCAGCAGGUAAUCGAGGCGCUGAGCUAAAAGGGAUGCGCUUUAAACUUUAUUUACAUGGAUGCUUUGCGCUGAAACCAACUUGUGUUUGGGCUUCACCGUUCCCUCGUACGUUCAGGCAUGGUACGCUCGUUCAUUAGUGAACUCAGCACGGGAAAGCCGUUCGUGGACUGCCUGUGCUGAUAUCAAGAGCACUGGAGAUGGGAAGAAGGUGUUCCGCGCGCUUGGGAACGGACUUCGGGAAUGUCCUCUGAUUUGGGAACGAUGAGCAACGGACCCGCCAUCGUCUACGAGUGGCUGAAAACCCUCCAGCUCUGCCAGUACGUGGAGUCGUUUGUGGACAACGGUUACGAUGACCUGGAGGUGUGCAAGCAGAUAGGAGACCCUGACCUGGACGCCAUCGGCGUCUUCACUCCACAUCACCGGGAAAAGGUCCUCCGGGCCGUGGAGAGACUCCGGGAUGAAGACAGGAAGGUGGCACCGGGCCUCUAUUUCACCCUUGAACCGCUUCCGCAUGGCACGGGUCCCCAAAUCAGCGACUGCAAUCAGAAAUGCACCAAGUCUUGGGUCAGCUCUACUUGGGACAGGCCCGGGAUCGGACUCUCCAGAGACACUAAAGCUCUAGAGAACCGCAAGGAGCCGGUGGUGUAUCCCAAACUCAAGCUGAAGAUAAUGAUAAGGGAUAAGCUGGUUAAGGAGGGAAUUGACCUGAGCAAAAUGCCCUACUCGUAUAAAGAUGGCUCUCUGGGUAACAUCGAGGAUCUGGCCCAAGAGUAUUCAGAGUAUUACAGCACGUCCUACGGCGAAGUGUGCGACAGAAUGGAGGAGUUACGCAAACGCAGAGUCGCUCAAGAAGCAGAGACGGGAAAGGCUGAAUCAACAGCAUCCCUUCAGCUGCGGUUAGAAAUCCAGGAGUCACUGGGUCUGUCCAGCGCCGUGUCCACACCUGAGGUGGAGAGAAGGCAAUCGAUGAACAAGUCCAGCUCCGAAGAUGGAUCUGCAGGAAAAUGGGACAGAAAGAAAAACAAAUCGUUCUGGCAAAAUUUCCGCAAGGCACAGAAAGGGAGCGUCCGAGCGUCGCCGAAAGGAGAGGAUCUGGGCUUCGUGGCCAGCGAGAUCACGAUGAGCGAUGAAGAACGCAUUCAGCUGAUGAUGAUGGUGAAGGAGAAGAUGAUCACGGUGGAGGAGGCUCUCGCUCGGCUGAAGGAGUAUGAGACGCAGAACAAGCAGUCCAACAGCACGGACUGGACGGACGCACCGAGUCCCUCCGUGACCGAGUCCUCCUACUGUAACUCGAGAGAACAGUCUGAAGAUGAGCUGGAAGAGUCUGUCACCUUUCGUCGCCUUCAUAAACUUGUCAAUUCAACUCGGCGCGUGAGAAAGAAGCUUAUUAGAAUUGAUGAGGCCAAAAAACAUGGCUCAAAAGACCAUCCUGAAGCGCUCCUGUCGGGCGAGGAGGGUGUCUCUCUGUACUCCGGGGUGCACAAACGUCUCGCCGUGUCCCAGGGUGACGGUCUGAGCUCUGUGCUUCAUGAACAGCUGUCUCUGGACAGAGACUCGGACAGUCUGACCACGUCUCCCUCCUCCAGCAGCUUAGACACCUACAGCAGCCACAAGCUCUUCAAGGCCUUCAGUAAGUCCAGCAGCAGUCAGGGUCUGGAGCCCUCGACGGGCCCCGGCGGAGCGGUUUCUGGGCCGGACGCAGGCAGCGGAUCCUCCUUCUCCGAGGCAGACGGUGAGAUCGAGCCCAGGUUGUCCCGCUCUGUGACGGACGGGGAGAUGAGACGAGCACUGAGCCCUUCUAACUACCACGGAAGGACCUGCAGCUUUGGAGGAUUUGAUCUCACGAGCCGAUCCGUGUACAUGAGCAGCAGCAGCUGCGACCCCACGAAUGAAAACGGUGAUAUCAGCAUGAGAGACGCGUCCAGAUCUCCUACGCCUUCCCGUAUCUCUCUCGGGAAGAAGGUGAAAUCGGUUAAAGAGACCAUGAGGAAACGCAUAUCCAAGAAAUAUAACUCCUCUCCUUCAGAGCAGUCCAGCCCGAGCCGAGCUCCCAGCAGCCCACAGUCUCCUCACACGGACACAGACUCUCUGGAGAAACCCAAACUCAAGGCCGGAGGAUCGGUGGAGAGUCUGAGGAGCUCCCUCAGCGGACAGAGCUCCAUGAGCGGUCAGACGGUCAGCACCACAGACUCGUCCACCAGCAACCGCGAGAGUGUGAAAUCAGAGGACGGGGAUGAAGACGAGCUGCCCUACAGAGGACCUUUCUGUGGCCGAGCGCUGGUUCACACGGACUUCACCCCGAGCCCGUACGACACCGACUCUCUCAAACUCAAGAGAGGAGAUCUGAUCGACAUCAUCAGCAAGCCGCCCAUGGGCACGUGGAUGGGGCUCCUCAGCAACAAGGUGGGAACCUUUAAGUUCAUCUACGUGGACGUGCUGAACGAGGAGGAGGAGAAACCCAAACGCAGCGUGAAGAAGAGGAGGAAAAGUCGCCCUCCUAAACCCACCUCCGUAGAAGAGCUUCUGGAGCGCAUCAAUCUCAAAGAACACAUGCCUACGUUCCUGUUCAACGGGUACGAGGAUCUGGACACGUUUAAACUGUUGGAGGAGGAAGAUCUGGACGAGCUGAACAUCAGAGAUCCUCAACACAGAGCCGUGCUGCUCACCGCCGUCGAGCUGCUGCAGGAGUGUGACAGUAACAGUGACCCGGAGCACGAGGGAUCGUCCGGAGACUCUCAGGAGAAGAGCAGCGUUCCUCCAGCGGACUCUCCUCGGGACUCGGGCUGCUACGAGAGCAGCGAGAACCUGGAGAACGGCAAAGGCAAAAAGACGUCUCAUUUAAGCAGGUCCUCCUCAGGCUUUGAGUCCAGCCAUCUCUCCUCCCCUGAGUUUCCCAUCCCACCCCUCUGCCAUUCCAGCAGGUUAACCCCACGAACCCGACAGGACGGUCCGCUUCCACUGCAGAUCGACUCCAUCGAGAGCCUUCACCUGAGGAGAAACCACGGCCUGCUCCGAGGAAGGUUCCUGAGUCGCAGUUGCGGUGCGCUGGACCGGCCGUCCACUCAAACCGAGCUCAGGAAACUUUACUUCUCAGUAGAGGAACUUCAUCUGCAGGCUCCUGAGAGAAAGCAGCCCUGCAGCUCAGAAAUGGAGUCCAACGGUAAUGAGGAAAAUCCAAGUGAGGGCCAGGAGGAUCUUCUCACGCCUGAAGAGAUCGGAAACGGAGCUCAGCCGUCCUCCGGUGUUUCGGUGGUGGAGUACGAUGAGGUGCCUGCGGAUGAUCUCCCUGCAAACACACAGCGCUUGAAACCACCAGUUCCUCCUAAACCUCUUCCACCUCCGUCAUUGAAAGGGUCUGAAGCCGGCUUCGGGAGGAAGGAGUCAAACUCCUGUCCGGAUGUUCCCAGGAUCUCCAAGUCGCUCGUUUACAGACCUGCAAAGAAAGUUCGCUCGGGGAAGACACCCUACCUGGAGACUUUAGUGGAGGAGAAGUUGUGCUCUGAGGGCAUCGACCUCACAGAAGAGCCAUAUUCUGACAAGCACGGCCGAUACGGAGUGCCGUUUUCUCUGGUCCAGAGAUAUUCUGAAGAUCUGGACAAGCCUUUGGGAGACAUUGCCGUUGUGAUGGAUCAGACGAGAGUCCGUCAGCUUCUCAAGCAGCAUCGUAUAGCAAUCCCACUGAGAAGUUUGUCAGAGAUAUGCGUGAUUCCUUGAGAGCGUCGUGACGGAUUUCAGCUUUGGAGAGCAGCAGAUGACGGAAAGCACAUAACAAGUCCAGCUUAAAAACACUGAAUCUGAACGGACGAGGGCUGGAACGAUAACGGAAUUGUAUUUGCUCUUGAUUCGGCUGAAUGUUUUUUUUCCAGCUAGAAUUUGUCCUUGCCUGACUUAGUCUGUACUUUUAGGCUUUAGGCAGCAGUAGAAACGAAAUAGUGUGAGUUUCAUAUGUUUCGAAUGAAGUUUGAAUCAGCUUUUGAUUUCAGUCUGUAAUGGUCUAAAUGCGGAAGUCCCGACUCUUUUGAGUUUGUGCGAACCAUAAAUGUUGCCUUUAAACAUAGUGACUCUGCGUGGAAACCUACAUUUGCUGUAAUAUGUUUUGAAUAUAUUGGAUAGACCAGUAUCAUCUUUUUGUGUGUUUGAUUGUUUUUUUAAAAAAGCACUUUUUUUUUGUU